GUCGCCUCCACUUUUCGUAAUCUCGAGCUUCGACUUGCUCCCAACUGUUUCUCUUUCCAUCCAUCAUCCUCUCCUCCUUGGCUUGAAUUCAACACGUCAAUCUUCUCGCUCUGUAAUUAUUGACUAGUUAAAGUCUGUUCUUGUCACAAUCAACUCGCAAUUUCAGCCGCGUUGCAACCAUCACGAGAACGGUUCCCGUCAAUAAGCUGUGUUCGAAUACCGGGAGUGGACGAUGCCCUCCGUCACCCAUGAGAGGAUCCCCUCGGCCAAGAAGAGGAGGCGAGACGAUGUCGAGAAUUCGUACACUUCGGGUAACAUCCAGAUUCCAUUCUCCCACCCAGCCCUCGACACCACACGCGGGAUUCUAGCCGACAAAGGCUCCUACGCGAAUCCUACCAUGCAUCAGCCUUACCCGCCAACCCUGCGCAAGAUAAUACCAAUCGCCAUCAACAAGAAACAACGCAUGUCCGUGUCCGAUGAAGUCCACCACCGAGAGGACAGCCACCACGGCACGCGAGCCAAGUCUAAUUCUCCAACUGCUGCUUCCCACCCCCACCACCAGAAACAACACGCUUUGCUGUCCAAGAUCAAAUGUCUAGACAGGUGUCAUAUUUGCUUUCGAAAACCGAGCAAGAAGGCCGACCUGGAUUCGUACGCCGACUGCCAAGGUUGCGGCCAGCGUACGUGUUAUGUAUGCAUGAGGCAAUGUCCCGGAUGGACAUCGAGUUUCCAUCAUCAAGGGCGACAUCACCAUACCGAAACCGGAGAACAAGAAGCGCAAGUGCAAUAUAUUCCCUUGGCGAAAUCCAGUCCCGAGAACUCGUUCGUGAUGCUGGAUGCGGAUACAGAGACGGAGGUGGACUUGGAUGAGGUAGCCGAAAAAGAAAGAUCAAGGCUAAAACCAACGACUACUGGAUGGCAUGCCAACGGCCACCGGGAAAUGAUAUGCGGACAUUGUUGCGAAGAAAGAGGGGUUAAUGGGGAUGUGGUGUGUUUGGGCUGUUUACCUUCCUUUGGGGGAUGACACGGCACACAUCUCAGGACUCGACACCAACAGUCUGAGCAACAAAUCAGACUGCCUCCGAAUUUGGAUCAAGGACUUCUGUAACACUGCUACUGCUCGGCCAUAAAGAUUACGGACGAUAUGAUUGCUGAGGUGCCGCUGCCAAAUCGUUUGGCUCGGCAAGGAAGGAAGGAAGUGGUAUUGUAUGGAGGGAUUAGAGAGUGAAAGAACCUACCAUAUCACGGUUGUUUCAGAAUGCUCUUUUUUCCUACCUGGACUAUUGUAAGCCGAGAGAAGGAAUAUUGGACGACGUGUCCCGCGGCUAUAUUCCAUCAACAAAGGAGAUGGAAGCUGGAACCUAAAGAAACGCCAACGCCCUGUCAUUCCAAUCCAUGAUGACUCUAGGAUGGGGCUCUACCAUUUACGGCAUUGCUUGUACAAGAGAAAAGGCACAAAUGAGCCCGGAGGUCUGCUUGGAGGAAGCCGAAUGCUCUCACAGCACACUGAUGUUGAUGUGGCCCAAAAUGUGUUCGCCACUACGAGAAGAAUUUGCCAAAGGACGCAUUUACCUCCUAGGAACCACGGUUUUCCUAUUAACGAAAGAGGGUGGAAGAUACAUGCAACUCCCACUUUGACCCCUAAAACUGAUAGACUUAGCCACACCCAAGAGGAAAUGGACAACCGACAGAGAACCGAAUUGUAGGUUGGGUCUACCUAUGAUGUUGAGUGGAGGAGGAGCUCAAGUAUUGGAAGUACAAGAACAUACUACGCAGUGUCCACUGGCGUGGUACACCCUCGAGCUAUCAACCUUGCACGAAAAUCCCCCUUGGCAGAAACGGGUUACGUUCAAUUGCUUGGGAAAGCUCAAUCUUGGACUUGACCUCACGAAGACGAAACAAGGAGAGAGAAGGUAUUAGGGGAAGAAUUAGAGGUGUGCGAAGCAAGGAUUGGUAGUCAUUAAGGGUCUUACUUGCUUCGAUACUCAUGGCUGGCAGCAAUGAGGUCUCACCAGACAGAUUCUGAGAGAAUUUGGCGAAGGAUACAUGAUGUUGAAGGGGAAGUUGAUAGCAUAUGAAUCUGUAUAGCUAGCAAGUCUAUCGGCGGUCAUGUUUGAGCAUGGAGUAUGAGGACGAUUACGGUGAAAGAAAAGGGAUUAUAGAAAUCAAGAUCAGACAUCAUGAUGAAAAUUUACAUAUGAUAUGAGAGAGCAUGUUGGGCC